AUGCCUUCGUACAAGAAAGUCCCACUGAAAAGUAUCAAGACCCUCACUUUCUAUGCCGAUCAGUUGACGAAUUCUAGAAGGGUAGGCCCUAUACCCCAGCUCACCUGCGUCGGGUCAGCAUGUAAAUCCUAUCAACCUGAGGUAGUACAAUGUACGAAUAUGGGUGAUGAUGGUCUGGGCGGUGUACAAUGGAGAUGCGAUACGGACCUGCCCUCUUCUUUGAGAUUGGGUAAAGUCGAAGUAUCUUGUGAAGGAUGGUCAAAAAGUGGUGAUAUGAAUGUCUUACAGGGUUCAUGCGGUUUGACAUAUAAUUUGAAUCGAGUGAAUAGAGGAUUAGAAUACGGUGAAGAUCCAUUCUUACCUUCAAAUUGGGAUUCAUUCUUCAACAAAGGAUUCAAUAUCCUUUUCUACCUCAUCUCAUUUAUCCUUCUGUACAGUUUGAUUCGAUCAUUGAUUCAACGAUUCUUUCCUCGUUAUACCACUCCGAGCAUAUCAAGGUUCUUACCGUUCUCCGGUCCAGACGGCGGUGGCGGAGGUGGUGGAGGAGGACACGGUGGUGGUGGAGGCGGACCAGGAUUCAAUCCUGGGUCAGGCGGAGGUCCACCUCCACCAUACACCAAACAUCCUCCAUCCUCUGCCCCUAGCCAGAAUCAAAGUACAGGAUGGUCUCCUGGGUUCUGGACUGGAUUGGCAGCAGGUGGUUUAGGAACGUACUUGGCGAAUAAUAAUGGAGGUAGGAGACAAGCUCAGAGGGAUCCAUAUGCUGGUAUGAUGGGUGCCAGGAAUAGGUUCGGAAGGAGGUUCGACGAUGAUGAUGAUCAGUGGGAUAGGGGUGUUGGACCGUCACGAAGGAGUGGGGAUGAGGGAUUGGGUGAGAUGAGGAGGGCUACUGGGUUUGGGGGAAGUAGUACACGAUAA